AUGUCUGAUUUAACCCCCGACAACAUCCCCAAUGCAGUCGCAAUCAUUGCGGAAUACCCCGCUUACCACACAUGUCCACGAUUUCAUGCACGAGACGCGCCUCAGCACGGAGGAAUGGAAGCCAGACUCGAUUUCUUGGUCGAAGUCGGUCAACUCACAACCGAUGUGAGGAAUGAAUCCCUCUUGCUGUCGGAUGUGUUGGGCCUGUCCCUGCUCGUCGACUCCAUAGAUCACCCCAAACCCGACAACUUAACUAAAGGAUCGGUUCUUGGGCCGUUCCACACCCAUGAUGCCCUAGAGGUUCCCCAUGGGGACCCCAUAUCUUUUGAUGACAAGGGCCAACCGCAUUCUGCCUCUGCACAUGGAUGUCUAGGAGACGGACAACAGUGGUUUUACGACUUACAACACUCUGAUAGGUCGGAGCCAGCUGGUCGUGCUGGUUUGAGUGGGCAAGCUCUGCGAUGUGUCCGUCGGAAAGUUGCUGACAGGGCCCCAUCACCACUAGCGACCGGUCCAUAUGCACUUUAUGUUUGUGAAAGAUGGCUUAUCGACCCCGAUCCGUACCUGAGAUCGGAUGCUGUCUUUGAAGUCAAGUCAGGCCUGAUUGUCAAAUGGCAGAAGGCACCGGAGGAGUUAGCAAACCACUGCGACAUCUCACAGGGCAUUAAAUUAUUAACUAACCAUCGACUCGGCCAAGGGACAAGAACCCUAUUGAUGCUCUCGGCAACAUCUUCCCGGGCCGAGCGUGCGUUUUGGUCAACCACACUUGCCGGUGCCCGACUUAAAUUGGACAAAGACAGAGAGCUAAUAUUGACAAAAAACACCAAGUGCCGCAAUUAA